AAGGAACGAGAAGAUGGAGGGCACCGCCGUAAUAGAUAAUCCGGGAGCAGAUCGGACGAAAAAUUGAAGAUGAGCGAAAGAUAGAGAGACAGAGAGAGGUGGAGAGAUUUUCGAAUAAGAAACGAAAGGGUGAGAGAUAGAGAAGGCUUGCGAUGAACGAAGGCUCGAGCGAAGAAGUAACGAGGACGGUAAUGGAAGAGAAACCAGAACAGCAGCAGAGAGGAUCUCUUGAGAAAGGAAGAUCGUGCAAAGGCUAUUUAUAUUACUCUUCCACUCUCAAAUCCAAGGCUAAGAACCCUCGCUGCGUCGGUAUCCCUCGUACUCUCCGUCAAGUUCCUGAUUAUGUUGUUGGGCAAUCUGAAGCUGAAGCUUCUAAAGAAGGGAGGACCUUAGCUGAUUUUUACUAUGGAUGUUUGGGUUAUUCCGUCUAUAUGACUGAUAAAGACUCAUCUGCCAUUAAGCAACAUACAAAGACUCAACUUCCCGUUUGCGUUGGUCUUGAGAUACUAGCAGAUAGAAGAGCAGCUUCUGGCAAUACUUCAUCUGUUCCUGCCCGUGUUCAAAGUAGAAAUGAUUCUCGGGAGGUGCCUCGGCAGCAGAACAAUAAACCAGCACCAGCACCAGCACCAGCCACUGCCACAAACACAGAAAAUGGCUUCCUAACGAGGUUCACAAGAAACGCAAGCCUGGUAGCAGGAGGGGUGAUGAAGAACAUGAAGAGAGUUGGUAACUAUGUGAAAGAAACUGUGGACGAUUCCUUGGACCCAUAUCGAAAGCGACCAAAAUGAAGAAACUUUUUUACAUUAGAUGUGGAGACAAACCCUCAAAAAAAAAAAAAAAAAAAAAAAAAAAAAAAAAAAAAAAGAGGUGACAGACAGACGACAGGAGAUUUGACACUUUUUUGGAUUCUCUUUGAAUUAUAAAAAUAAAAAGCAACAAAAAAUGGCUGUAUUGAUGUGUUUAAGCAGUCCAUGUCGCAAAGUGAUUAGCUAUGACUACGAGAACAGUAAUGUGUAAGACCUUACUCAGUUUUGGUUUACUGAUAAUAUUCAUAUGCCAAUGAGGUACACCACUUUUAUUACA